AAAUAUAAUUUAGUGUAGCUGCAAAAAUAACGGUAUAAUAUUUACGACUAGUUCAUGUUUAAUUGACAUUGUCACGUUUUGAUUGGUCAUGAUCCUAGAUUGGAGCUGCAAGCCAAUCGAUUUCGCCUAUACGUGGAGUUACGUGUUUACGAAUUUUUAACCUGUACAUCUUAUCUCUCUUAUUCCGCGCGUGGAACAGGAUAAUCGGGGAACUGGAGCAAACUAGAACUUGAAGUCCAAUGGGAAUAUCUUUAUGAUAUAUUGACGAAAUGGAGACAUUUGUGAAUUUUUGGGAGAGGCAUAUCCUCGAAACGGUUUUAUGCAUAAUAUGGUUAUUAAGCUUUUGGAAUUAUUAUUUGAACUUUCGCCAGAGAGCACUGCUGAAACGUCUAGUGGAUUUGCCAAAACAGAUUGAGGGUUUAAUGACUAAAGAUAUAUAUGAUAAGGCUCGUGCGUAUGCAUUACACAGAAAUACGUUUGGUAAUGUGCAGGAUUUAUACUCCAAGAUUUACAAUACCGUAAUCUUGAUAACUUAUGGCAAUUACUAUUUCUGGCAAUGGAGCAUUGCAGUAGCCAAGUACUAUGGUAUGAAUCAUGAGAGUGAAAUACUGCUAAGUGCAAUAUGUCUGUUUAUUAUAGGUGUAAUUACCCACAUAUCCAAUCUGCCAAUAGCGGUAUACGAUACUUUCGUUUUAGAGCAGAAACAUGGUUUUAAUAAACAAACAGCUAUGUUCUUUAUUAAGGAUGAAAUUAAAAAGUUUCUUGUGGCCCAGAUUAUCACUUUACCUCUUCUAUGUGGUAUGAUUUGGAUUGUGCAACAUGGUGGCGAUUAUUUCUUCUGGUAUUUGUGGAUAAUGUGUUUGGCAGUCUCAUUGUUUAUGAUGAUUCUGUAUCCGGAAGUGAUCGCGCCAUUAUUUGACAAAUAUUCACCAUUACCUGAAGGUGAAUUGAAGCAGAAGAUUGAAGAAUUGGCAGCUUCUUUGAAAUUUCCUUUGUACAAGCUGUUCAUAGUUGAAGGCUCCAAGAGAUCAUCCCACAGUAAUGCUUAUCUGUAUGGUUUUUACAAGUACAAAAGAAUUGUUCUCUUUGAUACACUUAUCAAAGAUUAUGGUAAGAAAGAUGAUGAUGAUGCUGAGAAGGGUUGUGAUACAAAUGAAAUACUGGCGGUACUCGCGCACGAACUUGGCCACUGGAAACAUAAUCACGCUUUGAAAGGAUUUGUUCUGAGCCAGGUAAUACUUGUAGCCAAUUUCGUUACAUUUGCCAAACUCUUGCGAUACACGCCUAUGUAUACCGCUUUUGGCUUUGUGGACAGUCAGCCGAUUCUUAUUGGUCUACUGAUAGUAACAAUGUACAUUUUAAUACCAUUGAACACGAUCUUUAAUUUUAUUAGCGUGGUUAUCAGCCGAAGACACGAGUUUCAAGCAGAUAAGUUUGCUACAAAGUUAGGCCAUGGUGAGCCUUUAAAGGCAGCUCUGUUAAAACUGCAAAAGGACAAUUUGGGAUAUCCUUUAUACGAUAAAUGGUAUUCCUGUUGGAAUCAUUCUCAUCCGCCUAUAAUUGAACGAUUGGAGGCGAUAGAUAAAACCAAAUAACAAACGAGUCUUUCAGUUUACGCAACUUUCAUAACUUGUUUGCAGAUGUAAAGAAUGAAGCCUGGAACUUACAGGCAUUAAUUGUUGUUCAUGUUAUUUUGUAUAUCAUAUAUAUUUUUCUUUUUAUCUUAAUUAUUCUAUCCAGUUGAGCAGACCUAAACACAGGUCCGAGAUAAUUAUGCUUCCUGUUUAUUGUCAUAAUAUCAAUGCGAUUCUGUUCUUACUGUAAUAUCCAUUUAUUACAAUCCAUUCUAAUUGGAUAAGAAGUUUUAAUAGAGCUUUACUGUUUACACUAUUAAUGUGUUUUUAUACGACAUAUUACAUUAAUAUAUUCCAGCGUUUAAUAUUUAUACACUCGACACUAAAAUUAAAGGAUCACCUAGUCUGACUCCCAAAAAUAGGUGUAAUUCAAGAGAGUGUUCCACGACGUGAAAUCAAAAUUGCACGCGAAUGUGGUUUACAGCAUACGACAGCAUGAAUCUUUACCUUUAAUUUGCGUAUUUGUUAAGCAUUGUACGAUUUUUUAUCACGGAGUUAUUCAACAUUGAAUGGUUUCUUUUGCUUCAAUGUUGAAUAAUUCAGUGAAUAAAAAUCGUAUAAUGCUCAAUAAGUAAGCAAAUUAAAGAUAAAGAUUCGCGCUUUUGAAUGCUGUAAACCGCAUUUGCGUGCAAUUUUAAGAGAUUUCAAGCUUUAAAAUGCUUUUUUGAAUAUUUUUUUAUGAUCAUUUUUGACAAAGUUACACUUUCUUGAAUUUCGCCUAUUUUUUUUGGGAGUCAGAAUAGGUGAUCUUUUAAUUUUGGUGUCGAGUGUAUAUGUAAACAUUUUUCGAGUAUCAUUAAUUGCGUAAUAAAUAAAGAUAUUUCGUAAGGUAUUUUCUCUAUAUUUAUAGGGAUUUAUCUUACAUUUGGAAUGUUUCGAGUAUAUUUUAUUUUUCGAAGAUAUAGUGACAUAUCUUGUAUAUAUGUUCUAUAGAUAUGUACCAGAAUUUGUGCUUUACUAUUCAAUAUAUCGUUACUUAUUAAUCGAUUAUAAUAGAUACAGAAAUGCCAUUAAGUAAAAGUAUAACUUUAGGAUAUGUAAUAAAUACAAAAUAUAAGUUGAUAUUCCAUUUAACAAUAUUGUUUUUACAAUACUGGGAAUUUGUAAAAAUAUAUCACGUUUGUGAAUAACCCACACAUUCUUCGUGUCAAUAGGUCUUUUUUACGACUGCAAAAAUGUGCAUUUAAAAUUUCAUAAUCCAAUUAUUCACAAUAUGACAAUGUCAAGGAAGAUAAUAUAUCUAUCUCGUCUAGUGAAUAUUCUUAUUAUUCAAUUAUAUAUAUGUAUGCAACUUACAUAAGUUUUCAUUAUGUUCAAUUAUAUGUGCACCUUAUAAGAGUCCAAUCUAAUUGUCUACAUGUUAAUGAGUGACUGAGCAACGACUACAUUAUUAUAUAUUUUUUCAUUCUUACAUUUAGUCUUGAAUGACUAAUCAAAAUAAAAAAAGAUAUAUAUGCAUGUAUGAGUGUGUAUUCAUUUUUAUAACAUUAGUUAUAAAAAUAAAUCUUGAUAUUUUCUUGAAAUAUUUGCGAUAUAAAUUGCAGCUAAGUUUGCAUUAUAGCAUAUGUAUAUGUUAGAUUACUUGUAUAACAUGUGAGUGUGUAUAUGUAUUCAAUAUAUGUUUAUAAACAUGAGAUCUUGACUUCAUUACGUAUUUCCAAUUUGAAAGUAUAGCGAAAAGUAAUUAUAUUGUAUAUAAUAAGUCAUUAACGAUUCCACAUUGUUUAUAAAAACGUGUUUUUGUUAAAGCAUUACCUAAUUUAAUCGUAAUACAAAUCGUAAUACUAGCUUUAUUACUUUAUCGCAAUUGAUUGAAAUAAGUGGCAAAAUUCCAAUUAAUUAUUAAACGUUAUAAGUUAAAUUAUUUCAACUUGUGAAGGAAAAUAAAGAUGCAUCAAAACAA